CCUUUUCUCAUUUGUCUUCCUCCGCCUCUGGCAGUGGCUCCUCUGAAAUAUCAUGGCGAAUGUGGUGCGAAUUGCCGAGACGAGAGCGAUGCUCAACGCUCUCGGCCCUCGUCCCGACUCCAAGCUCGUCGAGGAUGCGCGCGAGGCACUGGACGUGAUCGAUGACUACUUGGCUCAGCAGCUCGAGGCACUGUCGCGAGAAGCCAAGCCGCCGAGCACCACCGCGGAGGAAUGGGAAUCGAUCAUGGCCGAGAAGGAGAACGAAGCCAUCGAAGCCGCCGAGGAGGAGAAGCUGCCUUACAAGUCGACAAUUCAGCUGGACGAGCUCCACAGGCUCUACUCGGGGAUGCUCAAGAGCGCCGAGUCGUCACCAUUUGCCGUGCCUGGAUCCCCGAUCCGGAGCCCCAUGAGGCCGCUGUAUAUCACUGACGACAUCGACGAUGAUGUUGCCAGAGUCCUCCAGGACGCUUUCGAUACUCGAUCUGAUAAGCUGCUUCUUUCGUCUCGCCGUGUUGCAUGCCUGCCCGAGUCACUGGGACGGAUCAAGUCGCUGUCGCUGAUCAAUCUCUCCACCAAUUGCCUCGAGGCUCUUCCCGAUUCGUUGUCUCAGCUCAGCAAUCUGAUAACGCUCGAUGUCAGCUCCAACCAGCUCACCACCCUGCCGGAUUCCAUCCGCUCGCUCAAAAAGCUUCGGUUUCUCAACGUUUCCGGAAACGCUCUCAAGAGCUUGCCGGAUUCGCUCGCACUGUGCUUUUCUCUGGUGGAGCUCAACGCGAGCUUCAACCAGCUGGAAAAGCUUCCCCCCAACAUCGGCUCGCUCUUCAACCUCGAGAAGCUGUCCCUCCAGCUCAACAAGCUCAGCAUGCUUCCGGCGUCCAUUGGCGACCUGACGUCCCUCAAAGUUCUCGAGAUCCACUUCAACAAGCUCGUCGCCCUGCCUUCCUCCAUUGGCAACCUCAAGGACUUGGAAGUCCUCAAUUGCAGCAGUAACUUCAACAGUCUGACCACUGUUCCCAGCUCGCUCGGAGAUCUCUACUGCCUCAGGGAGCUCGAUCUGAGUUACAACCAGAUCCGGGAGCUGCCACUUUCUUUCGGACGGCUGCAGAAGCUGAGAAAGCUCAAGUUGGACCAGAAUCCUCUCGUUGUGCCCCCUCCGGAGGUGGUCGAUCACAGCCUUGAAGCGGUUCUCGAGUACAUGGCCGAAAAGUGGCGGUCUAGUAUGAAACUCGACGAUGAACACGAUCGUGCUGGAAGUAAUACGCCGGCUCGGGUUGUGACAAAUGGCGGUUCGAGGGUCAUCUCUUGGCUCGGAGGAAUGUGUGCUGCCGGUACCGAAUUCAGACGUCCAUCAAGUAAGGUGCUCAGUUGGCAUCGGUCACCAGACCGCUAUCUCGAGCAACUCUAGAUUCAAAUAGGAAAAGACAGAACAAAAAAAAAAAAAAAAACUCUGUGUUAGACUGAAGUUGUAUAUGAAUGAAUCAAUAGAAGAAGAAACGCAGUACAUACA